UUUAUUGGCUUUUGUAGAUGAUAAUUGUUUUAUAUUUGGGAACUUCAGAAAAGUUGUUCUCGAUUGCGUCGGUUUGUGUUUUUGUUUUGGGUGAUGGCCGUUGGUCUAACGGCAAAGGCUGGGAACCUGUGUUAUUUUACUGGAGAAAGCUGUUUCUAAACUCUUCCACAUUCAGCUGAAAAUGCUGCUUGGUCUGGAGUUCUCCCGUAAGACGUUGCUGACUGACGUUCUGGCGGUCUUUGGAUUAUUAAUUUUGGCUCUCUGCCUGCUGAAACUCACCUGGAAAUGUUGCCGUGGCUUCAGGCAGUAUGUCUUGUCGUCACUUUGUCAGGUGAACCUGCGGGCGUAUGGACAAUGGGCAGUUGUAACUGGAGCCACUUCUGGCAUUGGUAAAGCUUAUGCCACUGAGUUGGCACGUCGGGGUCUGGAUAUUGUUUUAAUAGGAAGGUCUGACGAGAGGCUUCAAAAGGUUGCCAAACAAAUCGAAAACAAGUACGGACGAAAGACUCACACCAUCAAAGUGGACUUCACAGAGGGGGCCAGCAUCUACUCAACCAUAGCUAAGGAACUCCAUGACCUGGAGAUUGGAAUUCUGGUUAACAACGUUGGAAUGAUCUGCAAUGAUCAUUUUGCCUAUUUUCUGGAAACAUCAAAUCACGGAGAGAAAAUCACUGAGAUCAUCAACUGUAACAUACUCUCUGUACCCCAGAUGACCAGGCUGGUUCUUCCUCGCAUGGUGCUCAGAGGAAGAGGAUUAAUCAUCAACAUCUCCUCUGAAAUGGGUCUCCGUCCAUAUCCACUGGUGGCUCUUUAUUCGGCCACCAAGAUUUUUGUGAUAUAUUUCUCCCAGUGUUUACAAGCUGAGUACAAGUCAGUGGGAAUCACAGUCCAGUGUGUGACCCCGUUCAUGGUGUCCACCAACAUGACAAACAACAUGAAAGCCAACUUGUUUGUGAAGAGUGCUCCAGCGUUCGUCUAUGACGCUUUGAACACUGUGGGUCACUCCACCUUCACCAGCGGCUGUCUGUCCCACGCCCUGCAGAGUGUGGCUUUCUCCGUUCUCGUGCCGGACUGGCUUCGGAUGUCGACAUUUUUCAUCCAGUGGCUGAGAAAAAUUCCGAAUAUAGAAGUCUGUUCGAAAGACGUGACUCAGGAAGAGGAGUGAAACUGGGGGGGAAAAAAUAACUAAAGGUUUAUGUUUUUUUUAAGAGGUGAUUGAAAUGACUGUUGACUUUUUGCUGCCCAAUGCGGGCAAUAUAAGUCCUGUUUAUUACUGCAGAAUAUAUGUAAAAACGUAUGUAUUAUAAACAUUUAUCAACCUA